AGAAAUUUCAUGCUGCAAAACAAACCCUCACAAGAUGUAUUUGAUGAAGUUCAAGGAUCAUUUUAGAUGGAUGAUCAAUUUAAUGUAUAGGAAGGAUAUCGAAAUUCAAUUGAUGAAAUUCCUGCUAAUUAACUUAGGUUGUUAUUUAUUGAUAAUUUAUAGUGGUGAUGAAGCUUUAGAAAAGAGUUUUAUGUAAUCUACAGGCCAAUCAUCAAUCUGGUAAAAAAGGGGAUAGAAAACAUCAAUCCCAAUGACAUCAGUAAUUAUAAUGAAGAGUAUGGUGGGAGUAGGAAUUUUAGGAAUAGUAUUAUUUUGAAAAUAACCUAGCCUUAUGUAGCAUCGAACUUCGGAGCUAUUUUAACAAUCUUAAUUUUGAUGGUAAUAUUCAUUAAUGGAAUCCUCUCAUCAAAUUUAUUAUUAAAAUCUAAGAAUUUAUCCAGAAGAAGUAACUUUUCAACAAUUGGAUUUUAUAUUUUCAAGCAUAAAUGGAUUAUCAUUUUAGUGAAUGUGAUGAUUAUUUUAUCAAAUUUGGGAGUAUGUUUAAGUGAACUAAUGUAAAUUAAAUUAUAUAUUUAGUAUUUUUGGAGAUACAGUGGGCAACCUUAUGAAUUAUUUUACUGAUAGAACUACAGAAGAAUAACCUUUCUAUUUAACAAGACCGAUUUUUUUAAUAGUGCUAAGCAUAUUCUUACUUCCUUUUUUGCUUGUUAAGUCAAUAGAGAAGUUGAGAUUUGUUAGUUUAUUUGCUAUUUUAUCAAUCAGUUCUUUUUCAUGUCUUGUCAUCUAUAAUUUUUUUACAAUUGAUAAAACCAAUAGUCAAUUUUCAUGGUGGAUUCCAGAUAAUUUUGAAAUAAAAAGAGCCUUAGCAUCUAUGCCAACAUUAAUAUUAGCAUUUAAUUGGCAAUUUAAUUUAUUUCCUAUAUAUAAAGGAAUGGCAUAGCCAAGUGAUUCAAAUUUACUCACCUCUACAAUUUUAGGAUUUUGCUAGGGAUCUAUUUUAUAUUUAAUAGUUGGAUUGUUAGGAUAUGCAACUUAUGGGAAAAAUGUAACAAAAAUUAAUAUUAUAAAAUUUUAGAUUGAACCAAAUUUUUUAUUAAGUAUUAAAGAAUAAGAUGUUGGUGCUGUUUUAUUUGUUAUUUUGAAUUUAUCCUUCGUAUUUUCUACAACUCUUACAUUACCAGUCAUAUUUUUUGGAGGAAGAAAUAAUUUUAUANAAUAUUUCUGA